UUCUGCUUGUUUUUCUCAUGUCUUAGAUUAAUAUUCGAUUUUGAUCUAGUUAAAUUCAAUUAUAUUUAUAAAAAUUCAAUUAAACAUCCAUGAAGAUGAUCUCUCCAUCCUAAGUUUCAAAAAAAUAAAAGUUAAACUGAAAUACUCCACCUUUGACCAUCAUUAGGUACGAACACUCGAACUUCUCAACACUGGUUUGGUAUUCCAGUUCCAGUUCUACACUUAUGUCGUCAAGUGCUGCUUUUUCAGUGCCGUAAUCCACCCAAUUUGUUUUCGUUUUAUAUUUUGUUGAUUGUCAGACGAAUUAAAUUACGUUUCUAUAGCGUUUUACUCCUCAAUGGAUAUAUAACAGUGUUUUCAAGUUUGAGUGAAGUAGUAGCAGGAUGCCUGAGGAGAAGAAGAAGGAUACAGCGCCAGAAAAAGAGGUGCCUGUACCUCCAUCUCCCGCCAAAAAGUCGUCCAACCAAUCGACUCCCAGAGGCAAGCUCACAACUGCUAAGGUCACUCUCCUAGAUGGCUCUGUUCUCGAUGUGCCAAUCGACAGAAAGGCGAAAGGAGAAGACCUUUUCGACAGUGUGUGUGAGCACUUGAAUUUACUGGAGAAAGAUUACUUCAGUCUCACUUAUGCUACUGAUCAAGAUCCUCGGAGUUGGUUGGAGUUGGAUAAGAGAAUAUCCAAGUUUGUGAAAAGCGAGCCAUGGACUUUCAACUUUGAAGUGAAAUUCUACCCACCUGAUCCUGCAGGGUUGAAAGAAGACAUAACGAGAUAUCAACUAUGCCUUCAAGUCAGAAAUGACAUUCUCAGUGGAAAGUAAGUACACUAUUAUUAUCAUAGGUACAAUUCAUAAUAAUUCA